GGUCUUUCUUUUUUCUGAAGUCUUCAUCUUGCUAAACAUGAUUGGAGCAAAAAUUAUCAAAAGUCAAGGCGCUGAGCCUGAUGAAUUCGAGAAAUCUAUCGGACAAGCCCUUUUGGAGCUUGAAAUGAACUCCGAUUUGAAGCAACAACUUCGUGAACUCUACAUUACUCGCGCUAGAGAAGUCGAGUUCGGAACCAAGAAGGCAAUCGUCAUUUACGUUCCAGUUCCAAAACAAAAGGCUUUUCAAAAGGUUCAAACUCGUUUGGUGAGAGAAUUAGAGAAGAAGUUUUCAGGACGUCAUGUAGUUUUCUGUGCUGAGCGUAAAAUCUUACCUAAGCCACAAAGAGGACGUCCAGAUCCAAACAAACAAAAGCGUCCAAGAUCAAGAACCUUGACUGCUGUAUAUGAUAACAUUUUGGAAGACCUUGUUUUCCCAGCUGAGAUUGUUGGCAAGCGCAUCCGAGUGAAAUUAGACGGAUCACAGCUCAUUAAAGUACAUUUGGAUAAGAACCAACAAACCACAAUUGAACAUAAAGUUGAUACAUUCACAGCAGUGUAUAAGAAGUUGACCGGCCGUGAUGUCACAUUUGAAUUCCCAGAACCUUAUUUGUAAGAAGCUUCUUUAAACAGUUUGAGCUCCGAGAAACAAGACACCCUGAAAACUAAUGUCUUGUUACACUUGAUGUGAAAUAAAUAAAAGAAUAUUAUUAAACAUCUUAAAUC